AUGAGCGAUUUGCCGUCUAGUCGCGUUUCGCCUGCUCCUGCGUUUUUGCGCUGUGGAGUGGAUUACGCAGGUCCUUUUCAAAUUAAAGCAAAUAAGGGUCGAGGCUCUAGGUCAUUCAAGGCAUAUAUAGCUCUAUUUGUUUGUUUUACGACAAGAGCUAUUCACCUAGAAUUAGUGACUGAUCUUUCAGCAGAUGCUUUUAUUGCAGCUCUUAAGAGGUUCAUUUCCCGCAGAGGCAAAAGCAGUGAUAUAUAUAGCGAUUGUGGUUCCAAUUUUGUUGGAGCAAAACGCAAACUGAUGGAAUUUGAAAGGCUUGCUAGGUCUGCAACUUAUAACCAAAAUGUUAGCAGAUAUUUGGUUGAUAAUGGCAUUAAAUGGCAUCUAAACGUUCCAGGUGCGCCACAUAUGGGUGGACUCUGGGAAGCUGGCAUAAAAUCAACAAAAUACCAUUUAAAACGAGUAGUUGGUGAGGCGAGCGAGAUUGACAUAUGA